CCGCCGGCGCGCGGGGCAUCACGGGCCGCCGGGACGCAGAAGAUGGCGGACGCGGCCGUGGGGAAAGACAAGUGCGGGGACCAGCGGCUCGUGUCGCUGCCCCUGUCCCGCAUCCGCGUCAUCAUGAAGAGCUCCCCCGAGGUGUCCAGCAUCAACCAGGAGGCGCUGGUGCUCACGGCCAAGGCCACGGAACUCUUUGUUCAGUAUCUGGCCACCUGUUCCUACAGACACGGCAGCGGUAAGGCCAAGAAAGCACUGACCUACAGUGACUUAGCCAGUGCUGCCGAGGACUCGGAGACCCUUCAGUUCCUGGCAGAUAUAUUACCAAAGAAGAUUUUGGCUAGUAAGUACCUGAAAAUGCUCAAAGAGAAGAGGGAGGAAGAGGAGGAAGAGGACGACGAUGAGGAAAGUGACAUCAUCGGCGAAGUCCUGGCUUAGCCAGCAGCAGUCAGUGCCUUCAGUGAGCCGUGAGCCUUCCGCGACAGCCUCACAGCCGUCAGUGCUGCAGUGCCGCUGGCUCCGGCUUGCAGCUCACUGCAUCCCUCCUGCAGUGGCUAGGACUGGGCAGCCUCCCCCCAACCCAGGCCGGGAGAGCUCUGGGCAGGUGGCACUGCUGUGCCUUUGGGUACAGCAGCACAUACCUCUGAGCUUCAUGUUGAACUUGCAGGAAGACCUGGAAAGCUCCAUGUCAGCUGUCUAGUCACAGGAACUUCUUGUUUCCACAAAUGGCUACAUGUGUAGCUCAUGUUCAUGUGCUGCCUUUGAAUUUUUGUAUUUUUUAACAAAUGGACUAUGCAUUUUUAUUGUACAGAAUUUGCUUUUCCUUUUCCAUUAAAGGUCUGUAUGUAUUUCA